GGCUGGAUCGGAGCCAGCAGCCGCCCCUCUGACCAUGCCCCGGUAAAGGGGGGGGGCGGACUUCGAGGCCAACUUGUCGCGGACUACCCGGGCUCGCCUAACGCACGGGAAGAGGCCGAGAGCCCGGAACUGCCCCGCUCGGCCCGGCAGGGGGCUGUUGUCUAUGUCUUCUCGUGGCGCCCGGCGGAUCGGGGUCUUGGUUUUGCAGGCAGAGCCCAGCACUGGUGGCUUCAGGUGGCUGUCACCGCCUCCGCCGCGGUCACCGCGAGUGCUGUUUCCACCGCUGGUGAGGGGAGCCGAGGCACGAGAGCGGGGAGACCUCCGAGGCGACCAGGCAUUGGACAUGUGUCAGCACAUCUGGGGAGCGCAUCCGAAGAGCCCGAGGGGAGAUUUGCCGAAACCUUUCAAACUGCGCUAUUGAUCUUGGGGGUGACUGCCCCUGGCCGGCUGUCGGGUGGGAGCGCGAGUGUGCGCUCUCUGGAGAGUGUGUGCGUGUGUGUAUGUGUGUGCCGUGUCGGGCUCCCCCUUUCCCCCCUGUUUUCCCGUCGAGUGAUGCACCUGGAAUGAGAAUCGGAGGAUGGAAAUAGUCUGGGAGGUGCUUUUUCUUCUUCAAGCCAAUUUCAUCGUCUGCAUAUCAGCUCAACAGAAUUCACCAAAAAUCCAUGAAGGCUGGUGGGCAUACAAGGAGGUGGUCCAGGGAAGCUUUGUUCCAGUUCCUUCUUUCUGGGGAUUGGUGAACUCAGCUUGGAAUCUUUGCUCUGUGGGGAAGCGGCAGUCACCAGUCAACAUAGAGACCAGUCACAUGAUCUUCGACCCCUUUCUGACACCUCUGCGAAUCAACACUGGGGGCAGAAAGGUCAGUGGGACUAUGUACAACACUGGAAGGCAUGUGUCCCUCCGCCUGGACAAGGAGCACUUGGUCAACAUUUCAGGAGGGCCCAUGACAUACAGCCACCGCCUGGAGGAGAUCCGGCUCCACUUUGGGAGUGAGGACAGCCAAGGGUCUGAGCACCUCCUCAAUGGACAAGCCUUCUCUGGGGAGGUACAACUCAUCCAUUAUAACCACGAGCUAUACACAAAUGUCACAGAAGCUGCAAAGAGCCCGAACGGAUUGGUGGUAGUUUCUAUAUUUAUAAAAGUUUCUGAUUCAUCAAACCCAUUUCUUAACCGAAUGCUCAAUAGAGAUACUAUCACAAGAAUAACAUAUAAAAACGAUGCAUAUUUACUCCAGGGACUCAAUAUAGAGGAACUGUAUCCAGAGACCUCUAGCUUCAUCACUUACGAUGGGUCGAUGACUAUCCCGCCCUGCUAUGAGACAGCAAGUUGGAUAAUAAUGAAUAAGCCUGUGUACAUAACGAGGAUGCAGAUGCAUUCCCUACGCCUCCUCAGCCAGAAUCAGCCAUCGCAGAUCUUUCUGAGCAUGAGUGACAACUUCAGGCCUGUACAGCCACUCAACAACCGCUGUAUCCGCACCAACAUCAACUUCAGUUUACAGGGGAAGGACUGUCCUAACAACAGGGCCCAAAAGCUACAGUACAGAGUAAACGAAUGGCUCCUCAAGUAGGGAACUAAGCCAAGAAGAAGCCCACCUCAGUGAAAUUCUACAACUGUGAAUCGACGUAACCCAGAAUGCCCCUGCCCCUUUCUUCCCUCUUCUUCCUCCCCUAAGCCUUUUACUCUUUGGAUUGGCCCCUUCUUCAUGAAAAUUGUUUGCAAAAAUGUUUCAGAGGAGUGCAUCUCUAUACACACACACACACACACACACACACACACACACACACACACACCUCCAUGAUGGGAAGUCAAGUUUCAGAAACAAAGGUUCAUUCAUCAAAGGUCUUAGAAGAAAACAACCAGUUAACCUGAUUACAAUUUUGAUACUGUUUUCCUGGACUAAUAACUCUACCCAAUGAGACUUCUCAGCCUUUGUACAUACAAAAUUCUUCCAAAAGAGAGAGGGGAGAAAAACACCACUCCAAAAGCAUCAAGUGAACUCAGCAUCUCAUCAACCCCUGGCAGUGCCCCAGGAUACUGACAGGCGAACCAGGACAAAGCUGACCAAGGACACUUAUUUCUAGAUUACGGUUCUUCUGUUUACUCAAUGAUUAAAAAAAAAAACCUUCAAAAAAAAAAAAA